AUGACCAAUUCUAUUCUACGCGUCGCCUUCAUCUUCUCUGUGCUAAAGUGUGCCUGGGAAGAGCUUGGACUAAGUUGGACUUUUGAUCUACGACCCCUUCUGUCCUCGGUCGAAGGCCUUAAAGACAGUUCAUCUCACGAUACACAAUCUUUCUCACUUGUCGACUUUAUAUUUUAUUGGGCCUGGAAACAGACCCUCGAAAUAAAUGUCAACUCAAGGGCAGGAAGUAACCGCUCCGGCCCGCCAGCCAUGCGGAUAGUCCUGCCUUAUCUGGCCUGCCAAUGUUCCACCUGCCUGCUCUCCCGGUAUCCCUGCCAGCCCUACUACCCGACCCUACUCCACUCCACUCCACUCCACCGCUCUGCUCUACCUCAGCCUACCCUACACUGCAAAAGCCCUGCCCAUCCCAGCCCUGUCCAGGCCAACCCGGCCCGGCCCUGCCUGGUCCGGCUCCACAAGGCCCUGCUCUGCCCGGCUCGGCUCGGCUCUGCUUGGCUAGGCCCUGUCGACUUUUUCAGUCCUGCUAGCCCUUACCCAGGCCCUUGGGAAGCCGGAACAGCCCACCCUCAUUUGCCACCAUCCUCUUCUCACUCUCUUCAACACACACGUCCACCUUUCAUUAAACCCCAUUUUGUCCUCACCAUUCCUUCACAUCUCCGGCCUCUUCGCCGCUUCGCCUCUUCGCCUCGUCACUUCACUCUGCACUCUCUGACGCUUGUAAACCAGGCGCUCUAUCGAUUGCCUGCCAUGGCGACAGGCACAACGACUGCAGGCAGGAGACUGGCCGAUGCUAAUCGCCCAGUAGAAGGGCAGAUGGGGCACGAGGCAGAGCCAUACAGAGGCAGUGAGAUGACGACAACGCCAGCAGCGGAUCUGCAGUCGUCGGGCCAAGGAGGUCGUCUUUGUGCUACAUUCACUCCCUUUUACGCCUUGGCGCGGUCAAUUUAG